AUGCUGGAGGCCUCGACCUCGAAGUGGGUCGAUGAAUUCGCCUGCGCAGCUCUCUGUCAGUUGAUUCUGGAUGACAGGCGGAUUGGAAGCACCUCCGAUGUGGGUGCACCGUUACGGCGGCGAAGGGCACUCCCACCCUUUUUAUAUGUGGAGGCCAUCAGCCCCUUCCUGCGCUUCGAUGGCCUCUUGCCCAACAUGCUGUAUGCCUUUGGCGGUCGCAAUCAGGAAGAUGGCCCCUUGAGCACAGUGGAGAUCUUCAACACCUGGCACGGCUGCUGGGUUCGUGGACCGCCAAUGCCCAAGCGUCGUGCCGGCAGUGCAGCUGCCCUUCUUGACGAUGGGCGCAUGAUGAUCAUCGGUGGGUACAACGAACGCGGCAUCGCAGAGGGUCUCCUGGCCAGUUGCGACAUCUUCGACCCGUUGGCGGGCACCUGGAUAGAGGACGGAGCUGCGCCACUUGCUCGAGCGCGAUGGGGCCAUGGCUGUGCAUCACUGCAGGGCAAGGUCUAUGUUGUCGGCGGAUGUUCGCUGCAGCUUGAUGCGCCCCUUCAGGAGUCCUUCAUGGAGACGCUGCGGCAGUGUGAGAUCUACCUUCCCAAGGAGAAUCGGUGGAUACCAACAGCACCCUUGCAGAUCGCGAGAUCCGGAACUCGAGUGGUCGCCCUAGGCUCCAGGGUGCUGACAGCCAUUGGUGGUUGUGAUGACGUCUUCGGGCGUGCUGAGACCCAGCCCACAGUAGAGCUUUACGAUAUCGAGAACCAGCAUUGGUCAGUUCUGGAACACAAGCUGAUCCAUCCCAGGCGGAAGCGUCAGCUAUUGUACCCUGCAUUUUUUGGAGACGGUGGGUUUAGCUGUCUAGCCGUCAUGGGUUCGUGCUCAGAAUUGGUGUAG